AUGGCCGCCAACCUCCCAAAUCCCUCAAACCCAGGCGCGAGUCCAUUCGAUAUAUAUACUGAUGCUGCUACCUCGUUGCCGCCGCCUUCUCCGAGCCUGCCUAAUGGAUCUUGCAAUUUUGUUGACCUGACGCCUGGGGCCACCGGAGCAAAAUGUGGAUGCCGUCGUUUCUGGCCUCGCCAGGCGAUGGGGAAUCCUGUUGCUGGCCAGUCUGGAUGGUGUAUGUGCGCCCAUCACGCGUGCUAUCACGAUGAACGAUCUCGUGAUGACGCACAGCAGCAACAACAGCAAUUGCCGCAACAAACUGGUUUCGCGCCCCUUGGACAAGAAAAUGAGAGACCCCGCACCGGACGCGAACCACUGAGCCCCGUCGUGGAUGCAUCUAUGCAAGGCGUUUCUACCGUACCCGGAUUUGAUUUCGCUGCCUUUAGUCCUGGCAUUCCUCUUUCCUUUGUUCAUGAGUUUGAGGACACUUCGAAGCAAGAGGCCAGUCCUCAUCCUCUAGGCUCCAUGCCGGAUACGUUGGCAUGGGAGGAAUAUCUUCAACAGCCGUCGCAGUGUCCAAGACCACCCUCCGACCCUAUGGCGUUGCCCCCUAUUCCGUCCCAGUUUCUGAUGGCCUCUCAGACUGGUUCCACCACCUCUUCUAUUCAGGCCAAGUACCAGAGACCAUUUGCUGGGAAAGGUCUUGGUACACUUGAUGUAACUCCCCCUGGACCCCGCUCACCGCGGCAACAACAACAACCACCACCAUCAAAAGUUGAUAAAAAUCUUCCAAGUGCUGCGCCUGCAGACCCUGCCACAUCAAACGAUGACUUCGUAUUUGUUGACCGUAAUAUACAAGGACUGGCAACAUCACAGCCCGACACUGCUACUCAACUUGAACCUCGAGCUACUGCAGCAGCCCAUAGAAUUUCCCGAGAGACUCUUCAAAACCUGUCAGACGUAGUGAGUGGUCAUGAACAACGUCUGGACCGCCUGGAGACUGUUUCGUUCUCUGCAAAUGGGCAUGAAGAAUGCGUCGAUUUGCAUGACCAUAUGGAUUUACGUGUAACUGAACUAGAGCAGAGGAUGGAGGGCGUAGAGAAGGUCAUGGAUGUUGCAGGCUUGACCAACAAACAAGCCGACGGAGAAGACGAUGGUGUUAAAAGUGUCUUCUCGACGGCUGCAGGCUCUGCCAGCCUGCCAAACCCAGAAGAAAUUAUGUCUCAGAUCGACAGCCUGCGAGCCCAAGUCACUCACCUUCAGUCGUUUCUCCCAUCACACGGCCACGCAUGGACAAUCGAGGUGGUCUUUUUGCCAUUUCCACUGAAAAGACUCUGGCAAGAACUCUCGCAGUUCAAAAACGAUGCCAGCAUCAGCAAUGACGACUGGACGCAAAUCCCCAUGACGCUCAGCAGCGCAACGUUGCGGUCUCAAUCACCGUUUGGCGGCGACUGGACUGUUUCCGACCACGACGCGGAGUGGCUUUACCCCAGGGCCUGUGGUGAUAAAAGCACCCAGGACAAAAGGCUACGGAGCCGUGGUCUGAUACAAACCGUGUCCUUCUACGGCCCCGAUGCCAGAAGCGUCCAAGCCGGCAUCCACGAGGCAUUUGGUUCAGUCUUUCGAACCAUGGGCACUACGCCCCGACGCCAGUCUACUGACCCACGUCUCUCAAGGUACCUUGGACUCCAGGAAUCAUGGGCACCCCUUCGCAAAGUCCGCAAAGAAUCACGGCUUCGAUUCCUCAGCGCCGCCGAAAUGCUGACUCCUACAUUAUGGGACGUCGGCUUCCUACACUCGGUAGCCAUGAAGUCUGCCGAACCUCGACUCUUCAUCACCCACCCAGACGCCUACAUACAAGACUAUGAGGCAUACGAGUCCGGCUGUGCGUGGCAACGAGUCCGUGAGAUGGACCGUGUCUCACCAGACGUGUCGGAAUCCCAACAAGUCAAGGAAGCUGACGCCAUGGAGCACUGCUGGCUGUGGAACGAACAACUCGACGAGGCCCCCAGCAUCCCGACGUCGCUGAACAUGCGCCAACGCCGCCAGCACACUGUCUCGCCAGCACUCGUUUCGCUCGAACAACCAUGGCGCUCAGUCAGCCCCGCUGCCAUCCGCCAUCCGUCUCCGAUGCUCUCCUCUGGACGCCGUCCCGCCCCGCGACUACCUCACAUCCGCACGGCCUCGGCCCCCCUAACAGCCCAACCGACCCCAAGCGCCGCCAGUCGUCGCAGCAUCGUCUCCCACGGUGUGCAACCAUCCAGGCACUCGUCCCCCUUCGGCCGCGGCUCACACCAAGGCAUCCAGAAAAGACGCAGCACCCGCUCCCCGAGUUACCUGCACCACACGCCGCGGUGGACCGCGUCUCCCAGUCCGAUGCCGUCUGCCAUCAACGACCGCCAAGUUACCCGUGGUAUGACGCCGCCCGCCUAUGCCACGCCCUUCAGCAAUGCGCCUCUACAGGAGUUGCGCCCCAUACGAGGAGGCAGUGUCGCCCGUAGCGCAGUAUCCCACGUGGCCAUGGAAUACCCAACAGACGAGCGGUUUGAAGUAGAAAUCUACGACAGCGGCGAGGAGUCAUACCACGACGGCCAAGAGAGUAUCUCCAGCAGUGAAGACAUGACCCGGCCUUCGAUUAAGCCAGGACAUGCAGAGCAGCUACCUGAGGACGAGCCGUGGCCCGGCAUCGAAGAUCAGGAGGGCUCUUCCAACGGGGAAAACGUGGACCCUGACGACCCCCAGGGAGACAGCGAGGGCAGCAGUCAGCCGUCCGAGUACCCCAGCACGCAGCGAGCGUGGCCCGGCGAUGAAAUGGGCUUUACAAUCCACGAGGACGAGGAACAAUGA